UUCAGAUUCAGUGGUCAUUCAAGUAUUGCACUUCCACCUUACAAGUCAACUGCCAGAGCUCCUGCAAAGAAACAGAAACAUGGUUCUUUGGAUUCUCCAAUAUCACAUCAUAAGCAUCACUAUUCUAAAAAAAAACCGCAAUCCAACUCUAGGACCGACCUCCACAAUCCAAGCGCCUACUUACAGCAAUCAAGGCCCUUCAUUUCUCAAACCACAGCCUCCUUUCUCUUCACCAAAGAGCAAGUUUAUCCAUGCACAUGUUCCUGCACCAUCACUAGCAUUUCGGUCAAGACAUCUAGAUGUUCUGUCUCUUCCGCCAAGAAUUUCACCUAUAGGUUCAUCAUUGAACAAGAUUAAGACUCCGCCGCCAUCAUAUGCAAAGAUUGCUUAUCCGUUACUUGCUCAGAGCCGUUGACAUACACACCUCCUGGAUCACCUUGUGGUUGUGUAUGGCCACUUCAAGUUAAAAUCCGUGUCAGCAUUGCUGCAUACAAGUGUUUUCCUCUGGUUUCAAAGCUAGCUGAUGAAAUUGCAGCGAGUGCUAUGCUGAACCAUACACAAGUUCGUAUUGUGGGAGCUGAUGCAGCCAAUCAACAACUAGAGAAAACCAAUAUUAUCAUUAACCUGAUACCAAAAGGAGUAAAAUUUGAUGAUACCGCAGCGUUAUUAAUAUACAGGAAAUUCUGGCACAGGGAGAUUCUAAUAGAUGAUUCCCUCUUUGGUACUUAUGAAGUACUCUAUGUUCAUUAUCCAGGACUUUACCUAACACCAGCUCAGAGAGAAGCAGUUGAAGCAUUGAUUCAGGAACUUCCAAAGUUCAUGUUAAAGGUUGUUCCUACUGAUUGCAGUGAAUGCCCCAUCUGCUUAGAAGAGUUCCGUGUUGGGAAUGAGGUUCGUGGCUUGCCUUGUGCACACAAUUCUCAUGUUGAAUGCAUUGACGAGUGGCUCAGGCUGAAUGUGAAAUGUCCUCGGUGCCGUUGCUCAGUGUUCCCAAAUCCUGAUCUUAGUGCCCUGUCCAAUCUCCGUCCAGAUUCUGAACGAUCUUCUGCCAGUGUUGUGACAACAACUAGCUAUGUGAGAGACCAAUCUUUACCUUGCCGAACUGGUGACUGCACAUCAAAACCAAACAUAUCCGAAUGAAUUCUGGACUGCUGCUACAAUAUCUUGUCAACAAAUUCCUACAAAGCCAUGGUCCUGCCGCCAAG